AUGGCCAAAAAGAAGGCACCUUCAAUUCACUCCCGCGCCGCUCGUCGCGCAACAGACAUCGACAUCGACACCGACAAAUCCCUAAAAGAAGUCCAACCUCCUCCCCGCGAUCCCCCCCAUCGUCCCUCCGUCCUAGCAGCCCAGCACUCAGCGGGCAUUUCAAAAAAGGCAAAGCGCGGUCGCAAGGAUAAAAUGUCGGCCAAGGCGAGGCAGAGACACGAAAAGGGUCUUGAGAUGGCUGCUGCUAUUGCGGAGCGCACGCAGAAUAAAAUUGAAAAGAGUAAAGGUCGGGGAAGAAAUAUUCAGUUUCGCGCUAAGAAUUGGGAGGAGAUUAACAAGGCUGCUGAAGAAGCCGAGAAAGCUGCUGAGGAAAAGUCUGGUGAUGAGGAGGAGGAGGAGCAGCCUAAGAAGAGUGGAAUCGAGUUGGAUGAAAAGAUGGAUGGUGCGGAUGAGGCGCCUGUGACGGAGGACAGUGCUCCUGCUCCUGUUCAAGCGGAUGAGGAUGGUGAUGAGAUCUUGUAA